AUGCCGACCCUCCGCCACUCGAUCCCCCGUCUCGCGCGCCCCAGCUCCGCCAUCCCCCUUCCUCCGCCUCUUCCCCGAUGCCAUUCCCGCGGCCUGCGCAAUCUCCCAAGCGGCCUCCGCAGUCUCCCCUUCCCCCUCCCCCUGCUGCUGCUGCUCGUCGCGCUGCUCCCCCAUGCGCCCGUCGCUGCCGGUCUCCUGCGUCUCAAGUCACCGCAGCAGCUCAGCUACUCCUUCGCGUCCACCGAUGCCGACUUCGGCCCCGUCAUCCCGUUCAGCGGCUUCUGGGGACGGCUGUAUCCGACGGUACCCGCCAACGCAUGCCAGCCAAUUCAAAACCGCGUGCCGCCCGGCACCGUCCAGUUCGCGCUGAUUGCGCGCGGAGACUGCUCGUUCGGGCGGAAGGUGCAGAAUGCGCAAUUCGCGGGGUACGCCGCUGCGGUCGUGUACAAUAACGAAUCCAACCAAGACCUCGCUAUAAUGACAGAGAAUCAGCGCAUGGGCAUCAUGAUACCCUCCGCCUUCAUCUCUCUCGAAGACGCGACCACCGUUCUCUCGGUCAUCCAGCCAUACCCCGAAACCAUAGCCAUCCUCUACCCCGCGCAGCCCUACUACACCACCUCGGCCUACUCCUGGUCCUUUAUCAUCUGGAUCUCCUCCCUCCUAGCUAUCGGCAUAAUGCUCCUCGCGUUUCUCUGCGUGUGCCGGUAUAGGAUUAGGAAUGCGGUGGCGGGAGCGGCGGCGGCUGCGGGGGUGAAUCCGGAUUUUCUGCCCAUUCAGCUGACCGUCUCGCCGGAUAAAAUGACUCUGGAGGAGGUUAUGGCGCUGCCCGAGAAAACUUUUCUGGGUUUGCCGAGUCUCAAACGGGCAGAGGCUGAAAAGAAGGAUGGCAGCAGCAGCAGCAAGGGGGAUAAGAGUGAAGGGCUGACAGGAAGGAAGGGGCUGAAAAAGCUGAGGGGAGUACAGAGAGUGACUCUGAGUCGGCAAAGCAGUGUGCGAAGCAGAGUGUCUUUUCGCGGUGCGGAGGAGGGAGAGGAGGAGGAGGAUGGGGAGGAGGAGGUUAUUUACAGAAGCACGUGGGAAACGUGUGCGAUCUGCCUGGAGGACUAUGAGUGUGGCGACCGGCUGAGAGUCCUGCCAUGCAGUCAUGAGUUCCACAGUGAGUGUGUGGACGAGUGGCUGACAACCCGGCAGCCCUUCUGUCCUGUCUGCAAGCGCAUCGCUCGAACCCCGAAGAAAACACCCGGAGCAGAGGCGACCGCCUUAUCUGCCUCUUCAUCUGUCGCAGCAUACGCUGCAUUCCCGCAGCACCGCACGAUAAUUGUCGCGGUUAGUGCCGUCGGAAGCCUGGUGCGCGGCGGUAAGAAGGGAAAGGCCGUGCGACAUAAGUCGUUUGUCGCCGGCGACCCCGACCGUGGCGUGAAGCUUGAAUGGAGCGACAUCACGUGCCAGCUUCUCGAUAAGAAGGGAGAAGAGGUGAAGAAGCUAUUGGACGGGCUGAAUGGCAGCGCGAGGCCCGGUCGCCUGCUGGCGAUCAUGGGACCGUCGGGGUCCGGCAAGACGACGCUGCUCAACACUCUUGCGGGUCAGCUGCCUAAGAGCAGCAAGAUCGCGCUCUACGGAUCAAUCCGCGCUAAUGGCAUCCCCAUUGCGGAUUCAUGGCACAAGCAGGUGUACGUCCGGCAGGAGGACAUUUUCUUCUCGCAGCUGACCGUACGUGAGACCCUGGUGACGGCGGCGAAGCUGCAGCUGCCGUCGUCCAUGUCCGACGCGGAGAAGGAGCAGCACGUGGAGGAGCUGCUGCAGCACCUGGGGCUGGUGAACGCGGCGGGCACGAUAGUAGGCGACAACAAGACGCGCGGCAUCAGUGGUGGCGAGAAGAAACGGCUAUCCAUCGCGUGCGAGCUGCUGGGUAACCCGUCUGUGGUGUUCGCGGACGAGCCCACCACGGGGCUGGACGCGUACCAGGCCGAGAAAGUCAUGCAGACGCUGAAAGACCUCGCCAAGGAAGGCCGUACGGUGAUUUGCAGUAUCCAUCAGCCACGUGGCAGCGUGUUUGACAUGUUUGAUGACAUCAUGGUGGUUGCGGGCGGCAAGCUCGUCUACUCAGGGCCGGCAGGAAACACGUGCCUGGAGUACUUUAAGAGUCAGGGUCACGAGUGCCCGCUGCACUCCAACCCGGCAGAGUUCCUCUCAGACCUGGUCGGCACAGACCACUCCUCCCCCGACACCGAAGCCCAGUCCGCCACCCGCAUCUCCCGCCUCAUCCAAGCCUUCGCCGCCCACUCCACCGCCCAGGCCGACACCAGCGCCGCCCUGGCCGUCUCCUCCGCCCUCCAGUCCAGCCUCGAUGACGACGACGAGGAGGGGGAGGCGGGGCAGGAGCCGAAGCGGAAGCUCGGGCUGACAGCAGCCAAGGCAGAUGCGGACGGGGCAGGCUUCUGGCAGCAGUUCCGGAUCCUCUUAGUCCGAGCCUGGCGCCAAACCACUCGCGACCGCGCCACCAACGUGGUCCGAGCCAUGAUGAACCUGACCUCAGCAGCCAUCUUCGGGUCCAUCUUCUGGCGCAUGGGCUUCGGACAGACCACUAUCCAGGACCGCAUGGGACUCCUGCAAGUCGCAGCGAUCAACACGGCUAUGGCUUCCAUCACCAAGACGCUGAAUGUGUUUCCCAAGGAGCGGCAGAUAGUGGACAGGGAGAGGGCGAAAGGAGCGUAUGCGGUGGGCCCGUAUUUUCUGUCCAAGCUGGUGGCUGAGCUGCCCGUGACGGCGUUUUUCCCGGCGCUCUUCUCGGUGGUGUGCUACCCGAUGACCGGACUGCACCGCACUAUACCCAGGUUUCUCAAGUUCAUGGGAGCAACAACGGUCGAGUCCUUCACCUCCUCAGCCAUGGGGCUCACAGUGGGCUGCAUCGCCCCCACGGUCGAAGCAGCCAUGGCGCUCGGCCCCUCCAUAAUGACGGUCUUCAUCGUCUUCGGAGGGUACUACGUCAACCCCGACAACACACCAGUCAUCUUCCGCUGGAUUCCCAACACCUCACUCAUCCGCUGGGGCUUUGAGGCGCUGUGUGUGAACGAGUUUGACGGGCUCACAUUCGAGGCCAGCAAGCCCACGGACCUGAGCACGGGCAAGCAGGUGCUGGAGCGCCUCUCCUUCUCCGAUAGCUCCGUGGCCAAAUCUGUGCGCAAGGAGGUGCAGAUCAUGCUCGGCUGGUACUGGGCGUCCGCUUACCUGCUCCAGAAGAAAAACCCCGAGUUUACCAAGCUGCUGCCGGUGUCUAAGCUGCAGGGGAAGGUGCGGGGGACUGAGUCUGGUAAGGGGGGUGAGGAGGGGACGAGUGUGAAGAGCAGUGUGGUUAUAGAGGAGGUGAUUGAAACAAAGGAGGAGAGUGUGGUGGCGACGGAAGAGGUGGCAACAGAGACGGUGACUACUACCACCACAACCACCACCAGCAGCACCACGACCACCACUGCUACCACCACUGCUGCCACUACUGAAGCCACUGUGGUUACUACUGAGUCGGCCAGUGUGGAGGUGGAAACCACCGAAGAGGAAUUUGUCGAGGCUGAAUCGUAG